AUGGCUGAAUUUAAAUCAGACCUUUCGGAUACGGAACUGGACGAUGUUCAACCAGUUCCGAUUCCACAAAUUACAGUUGAAAGUUUGCUCCAGCACAUUAAGAGCCUAACCAACAACCAAAACGAACUAAUCGGCCUCUACAGAAGCACAAACAACGUAGCUUUUAUAGCAGUGCAAAAUCACUCAGAAACAUCGAUCGAAAUUAACGCAAACGAACUCAAACUUUCUAAUGACUUAGAUAAAGAAAUUGAAAAUGACCCGUUCGACCUGACGGAUUUACCAAAAACGGUCGACCCUGCGAAAUACACAUUUAGAGACGAUCACAUGAAUGAUGAAGAGAAGCAUGCCCUCAAGAAAGUGAUCAACAACUAUAGAGACGUUCUUUACGUGGAGACAGAUAAACUGUCGUUCACCCACAAAAUAAAGCACAACGUCAGAACGGUCGACAAUGUGCCAGUACACUCCAAAUCGUACAAAUACCCUUACGUAUACGAAAGUGAGAACUCCAGCCCGGUGACACCAGCCCCCAUCGUGGACCAGCAGCAUCGGCCGCAAAGGCAUCGUCCCCACCAUCCUUCGGCAGCGCUAGCGCCACCACCAACGCCGCAACCACCACCACCACCACUACCACCGUCGACCGUGUCCUCAUCUUCAUCUCGAGCACUAUCAGCGGCACCAGCUUCCACCCUGCAACUCCAACAGCAACAACAGCAGUCUCCAGCAGCUCGUGCCGGUUGGGAUUGUAAUUUAUAUGAUUUGGUCGGUAAUUUAGGGAAGGUGAAGUCCUUGCGCUAUUCGCGCCAAAGGGGGAAAAGUGCACCCGCGGACAUUGUGUCGAAUUGUGAUAGGGACAGUUUCCAAGUUCUGCUGCGCUGCAGGUUGUGUCGAAACGAAAGCUGGGACCGAGGCCCCCAAGACCCAAUGACAGCUUACUUUAUUUAA